AUGAUCUUGGAUGCUGUUGUGCUGGCUCUUGGGGCAAAUGUAAAUGUGGGAUCAACAGUAUCUCCAGAGAAUGGGGAAAAUGAAGAUGCACCUCACAAUGAACCUCAGGUGGCCAUGGUUUGUGAUUCUUCCUCGUUCAUCAACCAGUAUCUGGAUUUGGAAACAGGGAAAUGGACAUCUGAUCCCAGUCGCACUACUUGUCUCACUGACAAGAUCUCCAUUCUUGAGUACUGCCGGAAAGUAUAUCCAGGAAAAGAGGUAACAAAUAUUGUGGAGUCAACGCACUUUUUCCGCCUUGAUGACUGGUGCAAGGCAACUAAACCUAAGAAGUGCAAGUGGUCUCAUUGGGUCAAACCAUACCGAUGUCUGGUGGGCCCAUUCCAGUCUGAUGCACUUCUAGUUCCACAUGGAUGUCAAUUUGAUCACAUCCACAACACAAGUCAAUGCAUGAGCUUUGAAAAGUGGAAUGGGACUGCAAGAGAGGCUUGUUUCUCACGCUCUAUGGAGCUUCGAUCUUUUGCCCCCUUGCUUCCCUGUGGCAUAGACCUCUUCCAAGGUGUGGAAUUUGUUUGCUGUCCACAGAAGACCAAGGGAAAAGAAGAAGGAGUGAUUGGAAAGACUGCUGUGGUGUUGCCUGAUGAGAAAGAGAUUUCAGAGUGGCUGUCUGGAAAAGAGAAGGAUUCUUCCCAGGUCACCCCUGACCCUUACCUUACACAUUAUGAUCCAGAAAAUGAACAUGAAGCCUUUCGGGCUGCUGAGAAGAGAGCAGAAAAGAGGCAUAGGGAAAGGAUUACAGCUCUGAUGAAGGAUUGGAGUCAGUUGGAGGAAAAAUACCAAGACAUGAAAGUCAAAGAUCCUAAGAGGGCAGAGCUAUUUAGAAAGGAAAUUACUGAGAGAUUUCAGAAGACAGUGGCAGCCCUGGAGGGAGAGGGGGCAGCAGAGAAGCAUCAGUUGGUUGCCAUGCAUCAGUCCCGUGUCCUUGUUGCCAUUAACAAGAGAAAGAAGAAUGCCAUGGAAGCAUACAAGAAGACACUAAGUGCUCCACGACCUGAUGCACUGAAGGUAGAAAAAGCUUUGCAGAAGCUUCUUAGAGCCCUUCAUAAGGAUCACCAUCAUACUAUCACCCACUUCCAACAUCUCCUGAAGACAGACCUUGGGCAGGCAGAGAAAGAGAAGUCUGUGACCAUAGAACGACUUGUUGAGAUUGACAAGGCGGUCAACCAGAGCUUGGAGAUGCUUGACCCGUUCCCAGAGCUGAAAGCACGUCUCCGUCCUCUGAUGGACCAAUUUGCAGAUGCACUGAGGACUAAGGACUUGAAGGGACUUGGCCCUAGUACACUCCUGAGUAGGACACGAGAAAUAGAAGAAAUUCUCGUUGACAUGCUGCUGCAACAGGCUACUGACAAAAAGAGGCUUGAUGAAGAAGAAGAGGUGACCCUUGAGAAAGAGAAGGAAUUGAACAAGAAGGUUCGAAUGGAAGAGAGGAAAAAGAAGAAGCAGCUUGAGAUGGAGAAAGAGAAGGAGACUGUAAAAGAGGAGACUCUAACGCGACCUUUUGACCCAGAGAGCAUGGAAGAUGAGGACCUACAUAAACCACCUCCUGUUGUUUCCAAGCCUAGUGUUGGAGAGAAGAUAGAGAAGGAGAUGGGACAGGUUUCUCAGCAUCUUGAUGAAGAGAUUUCUUUUGCUCAUGCCCAAGCACAUGAACUGUCCCAUCAGCAUGCUAGUUUCUCUCUAGUGGAAGAAGCAGGAGGAAACAGGGACAGUGCAUUGGCCACAGUGGUAUUGGCUGGUGUUGCUCUCUUGACAGUUCUAGUUCUCACCAUUGUCAUCCUGAGAAGGAGGCACUCACAAUCUCCUCAUGGACAGGUGGGCUAUCAAUAA